GCUAAUAGGUAUAAUAUAGAUAAGACUAGUAUCCUAGAGGGCAAGGGAUUUAAUAGCCUGGUUUUGGGUAAGGUAGAGACCAUAGUAGUGCAAAAAAAAGAGCUUGGUUUGCGUGCUUAG